AGCUCGUGAGAGAGCCUCGCCCCGCCCCUGAGCGAGCAGCGCGUCAUCAUCACGGCUGAAACCGUUGAAAGAAGGAGUCGGUCCUUUUAACUGGCGAGUCUUCAGCCGUUGGCGGAGCGAGAAGAGGAGCAACUCGCAGUAAAACAAUAAAGAAGACGGGUUUCUCUUUUUUUCCUCCUUUUUAAGCCGCCGAAAAGAAAAAGUCGCAUGGAUUUAUUUAACUUUUCCGCCAUUGUUGGGGCACCGAAGGACGCCUGAAAACAAGUUUGACUCACCACCUCAUCUUCUUCUUCUUGACUUUCUCCCUUCCUGAUCCUUCUUCCACAUUGGCUGCUGUUCCCCAGAGGGCGGCGCUAAGUAUGGGGUAAGAGAGCUGAGAGGAGACACCAAGACAACACAAGCUGAGGAGGCCCUCUGACCUGCACAGGUGGUGACGGGUGCAGGACGCUGUCAUGGCGCUGCUGCGGAGAAGGCUGAAGCUUGUGGUGACCGUGAUGAUGGUCAACCUUUUCAUCUUCAUCAUCAUCACCCGACACAGCAGCCAAGACAAAAACAGCCGUCACAAAAUCCAGAUCCCCUCCAAACCAUUCUGGACCAAACUGGUUCCCAGCUCUGCUUACUGGAACCGCCAGCAACAGAUUCUGGACCUUCAGCACAAUCCCGUUCUGUCGGCUAACCACAGCACCGCAGAUAUGCCCGACUGGCUUAAUGACACCAGUAUGACCUCUGACCCCUGCCAGCCUAACCUCAGGGUUACCACUCAGGUGAAAGACUACAACUCCCUACCGGGCCGCUUCAAGGACUUCCUGAUUUACAUGCACUGCCGCUCCUACCCGAUCAUGGUGGACCAGCCCGACAUCUGUAAGGAGCCGCCGUUCCUGCUCCUGGCCGUCAAGUCCCUGGCACCGCACUUUGACCGCCGCCAAGCCAUCCGUCAGUCCUGGGGACGGGCGGGCGUUAUAGCCAAUCAGACAGUGAUUACUAUCUUCCUUCUCGGCAACGCCUCAGCUGGGGACCACCACCCGGAUCUAUCCGGGAUGCUGCACUAUGAGAGUGCCCGCCAUAAAGACAUCAUCCAGUGGGAUUAUAGGGAUUCCUUCUUCAAUUUGACUGUUAAGGAAGUUCUGUUCCUGGAGUGGAUUCAGACUCGUUGCUCCGGUGCUCGCUUCAUCUUCAAAGGUGACGACGACGUCUUUGUCAACACCUACCGCAUCCUGGACUUCCUCAAGGGCCUCUCGGAGCCCAAAGCCAGGGACCUAUUUGUAGGUGACUUGAUCUCCAACGCGGGGCCCCACCGAGACAAGAAAGUCAAAUACUUCAUCCCAGAGAGCAUGUACACCGGGACGUACCCUCCGUAUGCAGGAGGAGGUGGGUACCUUUACUCUGGUGACAUCGCCGCUCGCCUGCACAAUGUGUCACAACACGUGGCGCUCUACCCGAUAGACGAUGUCUACACGGGUAUGUGUCUUAGGAAGCUAGGAUUGGCCCCAGAAAAGCACAAAGGCUUCAGGACUUUUAACAUAGAGGAGAAGUACCGGUCGAACCCCUGCGCCUACAAGAGUUUAAUGCUUGUUCACCCGAGGACCCCGCAGGAGAUGAUCCAGAUCUGGGCCUGGCUCAGCAGCCCUGACCUGACCUGCCAGUGACACUUCUAGAGCAGGCAGUUUGUGACAGAAACGAACAUUUUUAGGUCGUUCCCAAAAGGUCAAAGUGACGAAUAUUUAAUUUUUAAACAGGGUCAUGGCGUAAGAGUUGGCAGCUUUAAGUUUAGAUAUUAUUAUAAUGGUCACUUGGAGCCUCAGCUUGGAGAAGUUGAUGCACUGCACUUCUGAAAUUUAGGUUUUCAAAAUGACCACCAUAGUAUUUUGACUUGAUGUCAGACUUCCAUAGACAAGCUAACCCUGCUUUACUGUCUGAACGAGCUUCACCCAAAGUGACCGUGUCUUUCUCUGCGUGCACAUAUUUAUAUCACAACUAUUUAUAUGGCCUUUAUAAUGCUUUAACACUGUGUGUCGGCUCUGUGAUGGAGCGUCUCAAUGCUGUAUUAUAUAAACAAGGAGACUAAGAACUGGGAUGUGUCCACCUGGAACUCUCUGUGUUGUUUGAUCAAGGAAAAAACUGCAUCCCGUUAUUAACCGUGAUGAGAAAAAUCAUGUUUUCAGCACUCUUGAGUGUCUAAGCCUUUCAAAAAUAAAUAAAACGGCGAUGUACACUUCACUUGUGAGUGAACAACAACCAGUCCAGUGGUUCCAACAUGCAGCAGUUAUUUGCUGCUAGCUUUAAAGGAGCUUCCUGGUGAACACUUCCUAGUAAUUGUUGCUGGAGGCUUAGUUUGUGCUGCUAUUCCCAACCACACUCCCUAAAGUAUUUACUUGUGACUCGCUCCAACUCAAACCAGUUUCUCUUCAUAAAGAACUCGUGUUUUGUUUAGCAUGUGCAAACUAUUUAUACGUUGUUGAAAAAACUUACCUUAAAUUCACUAUUUAGUUUCUCUAAAAUCCAAUGUUCCCAUAAUUGGUGUAAUGUGUCUUUGUUUUUUUUAACUGCCAGAUAAAUCAUGUUACAACAAAACCUUAAAUCGUCCCUAAAGCUUUGAAAUCUGGUGUUUUGUUGGAGUGAAUACACACUUUGCUUUCAGGAAACAGGAAUGUGAGUCCAGCUCUGUACAGCUCAGCAGGUCUGGGCUUGGUUUUGACAUGGGUGGAGAAAUCCAAAUGCUGUCUAAUUCUGCUUCAGGUUCUCACUUUACACACAAAGACAAACUGCUCACAUGAACCCUAAGUGCAUUUCCACAGACAUAAUAUGUUAUUUCAUGCUGCCAGCAUCAAGCUUAUGUCAGAAAAACUUGCUAUAACUUGCCUCGUGAGUAGCUGCAGCUGUUUUGUUGAAUGCUGUUAAAUGUUGCUUUACAGUGAAUCACAAACAAAGGUGGAACUUUCAUGAGCUUUCAUUACUUGACAAAUUGUCCCUGCGAUAUUCACUGGUCAUUUCAAAGGCUUCAUUUCAAAAUGUUACAGAUGUGUUAAUGGGGAAAUGAUUUCUUAAUGUUUUAACUUCUUUUCAGGACUUUAUUGUUGAUGAAAAUUUGAAUAUAAUUUGGAGGUUAUCGCUCAGCUCACUACUGUAUAGCUUUAGUCUUCUACUCACUUUAUGAGAGAAGUGCUGCACAUAUUUUAUUUGCAUUUGUAUCGCAUAUUGUUCAUUUUCUGUCAGUAUGUGAGACACAGACACAUUCUUCAGUCUUCAGAUCCACCUUUGUGAUGUUAGAGAAUGUCUUUUUAUUUGGAAAAGGUCAGAUAAGUGUGUUACAUGAAUGUAUAUAUUUACCCAGGUUUAGGGUCAACCCACUUUGAUUAAUUUCAGGUCAAAAAGUGGAUUUUUUUUUCAGUAUUUACAUGUAUAUUACAGAACAGACAAUAAUUAUGCCUUCCAAAACGCAUACUUUUUACUUAUAGUACAUACUGCAGCUACCCUUACAAAGUGUGUUCUAUUGCAUGCUGUUUGCAGACAAUUGGAACAUACUGUUUCAUAAUAACUGUGGGUCAUAUGCAAGAAUAACUUUCUCUUACUUUAUCAUAAGUAAUAACUUAAAAUGGCUUCAAAGUUAUAAAAUAUGCAAGCCAUUAGGUAGAAACUGUGCAUAACUCCUUUAAUAUGAUCUGAACCUCCUGUUAAAUUGUGAGAAAAUUGGUGCAAGUUCUCCUAAAUCAUCCACACGAGCCACUUGAGAACAAAUCUGUUCAGUGGUUCUUGCAUGAGCCCCAUUGUGUCUUUAACUUUGACCCUCUUGCUUGUACAUGCAGUGCAGCUGAUUAUGGGUCAGAAUAACUAGAAAAGCAUGCUGCAAAAUGUUACCAGAUGCAGUAGGACAUCCUUAUAAUUUUGUCAUAUUAAAUGUAGUUCUGUUAUACUAAAAUGUAUGUGUAUUGCUAGGCUAAGUUUAAGUCUGACCCCUAACCUGGUUGUCACACUCUGGAUCUGAGGGAAAUGUUUCUGUGCCUCUGUUAGAGCUCCCCCUGCUGGUCAGGGUGGCAAUCUUUAGCUUGUUGAGAUGAAGAGCUUUACUCAGUCGACUCCAUGACCCAAAACUGUCAUCCACAACCUAAUUUAUUUUUUCAGAUUUUAACCAUCUGUUCAUUAUGUCACUCUUUGACUCUUCAGAUGCUCCAAAUCGUCACUUGCAGCAACUUUAUCUCUCCGUUUUACUGUUUGUGUCACUGUCAUGUGGUUACUUUUAGCCUACAUUUGUGCCAGGUAGUUGAGGGUUUUUUCACACAAUUAAAACAGAAAAUAUUAAGACAAUCACAGUGAGAUAUUGUAAUUUGUAAUUUUUAUGGAAUUACCAAUUUACUGGACACUAUUUUAAAUACCCUUCAUGUCACUCAGAAAACAAACACUAAAGAGACAAAACGGAUGCAGAGGACCGAGUGGAGGUUAUUCCACCUUUCUGAAAUAUUUAAGUCAAAGCAUCCUCAACAUCUUCUUUGUGGUGUCCCACAGCUCACAUACCAAUAAUAGGUUACAUUCUGCACACAGUUUGUGGCUACUUGAAAUGUUUACAUGCUUUAAAAAAGUUAUGACUUAUUUUUAUCAUUGUAACUUUUCUGAUAAUUGCUGAUAAGGUAUUGUACACACUGAUGUUGGUUUUUAUGUUGGAAUUUAAAACCUUUAUCCCUCACUGCGGAUAAUUUGUAAUUUUGCUUCACAGUUUUUGACUUUUUCCUUCUUUUUUUUUUUUCUUUUUUUCUUCUUUUUUUUUUACACGCACAACUUUGCUGUGUGUUUGGACAGUCAGUGUUGCUCUGGUUUCAAUAGCCAGCUGUGUAGGUUGGUGUUAUUUUUCAAGGCAUGAAAGUAAGAUAUUGGGUGUAAAAAAAAUAAAUAAAAAAAAAUAGGCAUCAUAUUACCAUCAAUAUGCAGUGAAAUGUAACUGUUUCUCCAGCUCCAGCAUUGUGAUACACAGGGUGAUGUAUUAGUCAACACGACAGGGAGAAAUGAUCAGCCUGUGUUUGGGCAUUGUAUCAAAUAUCGGUCUCACCCAGAGAGAAAACCUUGGAUGAAGCGUUGCUUUCACAAGCCUGUAACUCAUAUUUACAAGUGUUUCAGAGUACUUGUACACAUUUCAUCCUUACUGUGUUACACCUGCACUAGUCCGAGAUGAUUACCAAAUCUGUGCCUGAUGUUUGUAUGUACUGUACGUGAAAGAUUAUACUUCAACCACGUUAAAGCGCGAUCGCUUUUUUUUUUUAAUACCUAGAUUGACUUGAUGAUUUCAAUAAAGUUAUAUUUUGCUGGUUUUGUAUAUACUGUUCUAUGCAUUUUUAUUGUAAUACAAAUAAAUUAUGUGACAAAAGUCAAUUU